GUAUCAGUUGUAAUCUAUUGUACGCAGCCGAGAGAUACGAAAACAGAGAUGUUCUCAAAAGUAGUCCUGUAAAAUUUUUACAGCAACUUUUUCGUUCAGUCUUGGUUGGUGCGUUCGUCGUGUGUGAAGAAUUUCUCUUGUGCUCUCAGUAGUUUUGGACGGCAGUGUUUUUUAGUGUAACUCCCAUUUAAAAAGUAAAAAUAUUAACAAAACAUAAAACCAUUUUGUGGAGUGUUCGAAAAAGUUGGGUUCAAUAAAUAAAACACAAUUGUGAAGUGUAUAAGAACGGCUUUGUUUAUGGAAUAUAAAGAAAACUAAUAAUUGCAACUCCUAAAGUUUAUAUUUGUGGCGGUAAAAACAACAACAACGACGAAAACGGCUUUGUCAUUAACACCAUCAUCAGCAUUGAAUAAUAAGAACAACAUCGAUAACAUUAAAGUCCUCGUUGAUUGACUACGUAGUGCGUGCAUAUAAAAAUAGUUUCCCGUGGUGUAUCUUAAAUGUGUGAGUGUCAGUGUUUACAUUAAUUACAAACAUUUCGAAAACAACGACUACGACGACGGCAACGGCAACGACGAUACCGAUACUGUUCGAAAAACCAUAAAUGCGCGACGACGCAGUGUUUGUUUUACUGCUGCUCCAUCUCUUCCUUUAAUAAAAUAAUAAACAACAGAUUAUAACACCAAACAGGAAUAACGUCAACAAAAAGUCAAUAGCUUUGUGUAGAAUAUUUCCUGUUUGUCACAUGUAUGCCAUCAUUAAGUCAUACCUUCAUCCAUGGAUUAAAGGAACUCAUAAUACAAAAUCUCACGGAUUAGCGAAGAGCACCUAACGGGUCAAGUAGUUUUCAAGGAUAUAAGCGAAUAACACGUGAACGGACGAACGAGUACAAUUUCUUUUUUCAUAUGCCACAGCGACGACGGCGAGGAGGACAACAGCUUCAAACAUUGGCAUCUUCAUCUCAAACCCCACAAUAACCACAACAACAACAACAUCCUGAUGACUUGUGUCAUCACAUUUGCCAGAGAGUUGUCAGCUGAAGCGCUUAUUGAUAUUUAAUGUUGGUUUUAUGUGCUUUGGGACACUUGCCAAAAGACCACAUUAGCAAUGACAUCAUCAUUAGCAACCUUUGCAGUCUGCUUCAGCCAAACGUCAGAGACUCGUAGAUAAUUUGACCCCAUUUUAAAUCAUCACAAUUUCGUGUUGCAUUGUGGCCCCUACACUGCCACUAUUUAUCGUAUCAUUCGCCCUGGUGCGAAUAAGGGAAGAAAAGGGGUCGUAGCCGCCAAUGACCACAUAAUCUUAAUUGAAUUUUGGUUAUGUGGAACGCUUGGAAUCAAACUUCGCAACAGAAAGGAAUAGCUGUGUAAAGAGUAAUUGAAUAGCAACUACAAAGUUCAAAGUAUAUACAGAUUCAAGGAUACCAAGUAUCAUUGCCCUUUGGUGGAUUUGAAUCCAACGACACAUCAUCACAUAAACAUAACAACAUCACUAUAGCCAAAAGUCGCUUACUACAGCAUCAGUUUGAAAAAAGGCAUGAAAUGACCGUUAACAGGCUUUUCUGACUGCGUUUGGCAAACUCUUCCAAACGGUGCAAUCGAUACCAAAAAAAAAAAAACGUUUUCCUCACUACAAGCAAAACAACGGGGAAAACGACAUCAUAUUUUUAAAUCUAAACAUAAAACGCUUUUUCGAAACUUAAAAUAGGCGGAUUAAGAAACAAAACGAAAACGUUAAACAAGCCACUCCAUCCACAAAACCUAGAGAAAAUCACACCUUUUUCUACGUAAAUUUCAAAAAAAGGCUACUUUUUUACAAGCGUUACUUUUUUCUAACGAGCAAACAAACAGCAAAAACAACAACAACAACAAAAACCUAACUUGACUGAUAGUUUUAUGCAUUAAAAUUAAAUUUAAAAAAUUUUUUACAAUAAGCCCCCCUCAAAAAAAAAAUUAAGAAAAUUCUUUAAGAACAACCUCCUAUUUGCAAUUCUGGAUACCAGGAAAAAAAUCAACAACAGAGAACAAGCAUAUAAAACCAGUGAACCCUCGCUCUUUAUCGCCUAAACCCUGUUUUGCCCUUUUCAAAGAAAGUCAACUCAGCCCAGAUGCUUUAAAUAUAAACGAAACAAGAGGCCCAACACCACUCUACAACUACUACUGCAGCUAAAACAUAUAUAUCUAUUUUUUCUUUUAAAAUUAAGCUACGAUUUCCUUAUUCAUCCCGGUCUCCGCAUAGUCCUCCCGCAACUUUUGCUCUCCCUACAGAUACUUCUUCUCAUAUUUAAGGCUAAAUCAGUCAGUCCACUGCAUUUAUAAAUCGUUCGAGAACAACAAAACGAUCGUGGCGAAAUUAUCGACAUAGUAUGAAAAUUUUUAUUUUAUAAGAAACCACAUUUAAGGAGCAAAACAUAACAUAGCAAGCUUUAGAUCCUUUUGAUCGUUGACGACGCCCUUAUCACAAUCAUCUUUGCAACACACAUCGACAUCGACCAUGGGGAACAAAUGCUGUAGCAAACGCCAGGACCAGGAGCUAGCACUUGCCUAUCCCACAGGUUAUAAGAAGUCCGAUUAUACUUUCGGUCAGACACACAUAAACAACAGUGGCCAAAAACACAAUAAUGGGGGUUCAUUGGACUCACGCUAUACCCCCGAUCCAAAUCGUGGUCCAAUAAAAAUUGGUGCUAAAGGUGGAGUGGAUAUAAUUCGACCAAGGACAACACCAACCGGUGUUCCUGGAGCUGUGGUGGCUGGCGGAGUUCCCAAGCGGCGCGUCGUUGUGGCUUUGUAUGAUUACAAGUCGCGUGAUGAGUCGGAUUUGAGUUUCAUGAAGGGAGACCGCAUGGAAGUUAUUGACGACACAGAAUCCGACUGGUGGCGUGUGGUAAAUUUGAGUACGCGGCAGGAGGGUCUGAUACCGCUGAAUUUUGUCGCCGAGGAGCGUAGUGUCAACAGUGAAGACUGGUUUUUCGAAAAUGUUCUACGCAAAGAGGCGGACAAAUUGCUGUUGGCCGAGGAGAAUCCACGUGGCACAUUUUUGGUGCGACCCUCAGAACACAAUCCAAAUGGUUUUUCAUUAUCCGUAAAAGACUGGGAAGAUGGACGAGGUUAUCAUGUUAAACAUUAUCGUAUAAAGCCUUUAGAUAACGGUGGCUAUUACAUAGCCACCAAUCAGACGUUCCCCUCCCUACAAGCUCUAGUUAUGGCCUAUAGCAAAAACGCUUUGGGUCUCUGCCAUAUAUUAUCGCGACCAUGUGCCAAACCUCAACCUCAGAUGUGGGAUUUAGGUCCAGAGUUGCGUGACAAAUACGAAAUACCUCGUUCGGAGCUGCAGCUGAUACGUAAAUUGGGACGUGGCAACUUUGGGGAAGUGUUCUAUGGCAAAUGGCGCAACAGUAUUGAUGUGGCCGUUAAGACGCUGCGUGAGGGUACCAUGUCCACACAAGCCUUCUUGCAGGAAGCGGCCAUUAUGAAAAAGUUUCGUCAUAAUCGUUUAGUUGCACUAUAUGCGGUUUGUUCACAGGAGGAACCCAUAUACAUUGUACAAGAAUACAUGUCCAAGGGCAGUCUCUUAGAUUAUCUACGCGAAGGCGAUGGCCGCUAUCUACAUUUUGAAGAUCUCAUCUAUAUAGCAACACAAGUAGCCUCAGGAAUGGAAUAUCUCGAAUCCAAGCUUUUAAUACAUCGUGAUUUGGCUGCCCGCAAUGUUCUCAUUGGUGAGAAUAAUGUAGCGAAAAUAUGUGAUUUCGGUUUGGCACGUGUCAUAGCCGACGAUGAGUAUUGUCCGAAACAAGGUUCACGUUUCCCUGUCAAAUGGACGGCGCCCGAGGCCAUUAUCUAUGGUAAAUUCUCAAUAAAAUCCGAUGUCUGGUCAUAUGGUAUACUGCUAAUGGAAUUGUUUACAUACGGACAAGUGCCAUAUCCCGGUAUGCAUAGUCGCGAAGUGAUUGAGAACAUAGAGCGUGGCUUCCGUAUGCCCAAGCCAACCAAUCACUAUUUCCCAGAUAAUAUCUAUCAUUUGUUGUUGCAAUGUUGGGAUGCGGUGCCGGAGAAGAGGCCAACAUUUGAAUUUUUAAAUCAUUACUUUGAAUCGUAUUCGGUGACGUCUGAGGUGCCCUAUAGAGAGGUGCAAGAUUAGGAUAAGUUCAUAAAUAUACAAUAUUUAGGUAUAUUACAAUAAGUUUAUAAGUUAAAACAAAAACAAAGAAAACAAGAAAAAAACAAACAAAAACAAAAAAAACAGAAAACAUCUACAACAAAAAUUUCCUCACAUUUCUGUUAAUUUUUUUUUAUUUUAAGAAACAUACAAAAAAUUAUACAAUUUCCUUACAACCACUUUAGUUAUUACUAUUCUACUCUUACUCCUAUUUUUUCUAUAGCUCUAUAAACAUAUAUGUGAAAAACUAGUUUAUUUAAAUGUUUUUUUUUUCGUAAUUGUUUUGUUAUUUUUUUUUUUCAUCUACUCUCAAUUUGCUUGCUAAGAAAAACCCCAUAUGUAUGUGUGGUCGCAGCACUGAGGAUAAAUGACAAACGUCUUGAAAAAUAAACGGCACCUAUUGUAUGCAAAUUAGACUUUAAAAAUGUAUAAUGAGAACAAUUUCAGUUUUUCCCUUAUGAAUUUUCAUAAAAACAUUUUCGAAUGAAUGCCAUUUUGCUUUUAUUUUUUCUAAGUGAAACCAAAGUUUUAGAAGUAUUUUUUUGCCUCUACUAAGAAAAAAAAAUAAUAAAAAUCGAAUUCACAAAAAAAAAAACAGAUAAUUGCUUCCAUUAAUUUUUAUUAAAGAUGAGUAUUGCGCUGCAGUUUUCCUGAAAUACUCACCACCAUGGUAUGACGGCUUGCUAUGCUAGUCAUUGCCUUUGUAACACCUCGAGAUAUAUAGACGAUCUAUCCAUGCCCAUCCCUUCGUUUGAAAUCACGAUGGCAUUCGCAGCAAUUUCUGACGGAUAUUUUUUAUUAAUGUAGGCCAUCACUUACUGACUUUAAUUGGCUAUGACAGAACAGAACAUUUGUUCCACUAGCCGAACGUAGAAUAGCGUUCCAAGCGCCUCGAUCUUCUGUGCUCAUUUUAUAAUCUCUGACACCAA